AUUGUCCACAAUCACUUCUCUCUCUCCAAUUUUUUUUUAAUUUGUCGGCUUUCUCUCUCUGUGUCUUUUCCUCGAAGUUUCAAGGCAAGGAGAAGAAACCAUCAAUACCCACGAGGGAUUGAUCCAAAGGGAGGGGAUGAAAGGGCCUCAACUUCAUUAACUCCACCCUUUAAAUCUCAUCGAUUGCGUUCGUUUCUUGGAACCCGUCGCUUGUGUUGGAGGCCUGAGGUCUUAAGGUGGUGCUUGAGGAACUUCGGCCUUGCUGAUUCCUAGUGGAGAGUUUGAGUCGUGAAUCCUGAGAUUUUGCUUCUUCUUUGUUGGUGUAGUGGUGAGAGUGAUGUGGAGUUUGUGUUCUGCUUUGGAUGGGACCAAGUGUCUUCCAGGAGGCGUGGAUGACGCUGCUUUUGCUCUCUCCCAUGACCACUCUUGUUCUGUUUCUUCUUCGGUGGUGAUACCGACGAAGCGUUACACGUCUUCUUCCUCUGUUUCUACUACCACACUGAAAUCUUCCAUCAAUGGAACCAUCGAGUACUAUUUGCGCAUAGUAGGGAUUAACAACGCGUGAUUCUUCUUCUUCUCCUUCUUCUCUCUCUCUCUCUCUCUCUCUCUCUCUCUCUCUCUCCCCCUUCUUUAAGAUAUGAUCGUGUCUCUGCUGCGACCGAUGUUGGCUGCAUGCGUGCAUCCGACGAAGGAGGGGAGCUUGCCCCUAAGUAACAACACGAUGGCAACGCCUGCGGGUGAAUUCUCGAGUAGAAGAAGACGAAUAGUUCACUUUAGGCCGCUCGCCGCCGCCUCUGCCAUCCGCGAUCAUAGGCAGACGGGCAAUUCUUACGCUGAGGUUCUUAAGAUGGCGAGACACAGGUUCACUCAGGAGAUCUCCUUUACGAAGAAAGACUCCGAUAUUUCGCUUGCUAAGGUAUCGUUUCUCUGUGUGCGUGUCAAUUCAAGUGCAUUUCGUACUGCGUUGGCGAGUACUUGUUUCUUUGGCUUUCUCUUGUUUCCUUAGUUCUUUCUAUGUACUUUGGUCUGUCCUCUUUCCUGAAUAUUGCGGCCUCCACUGUCGGAGUCCACGGUCCCCUUCCAUUAUAUAGUUAUUAUAGGCCUGCGUAGGACGAUUCUAGUAAGAGAUUCUGAAUUUCUGUAAAGUGGUUUUCGCAUUUGAUUGUGCCAAAUGGUUGAAGUUAAAAGUGCUGCCUUUUCAUGAAUGCCUCUGGAACUAAGGACCAUAGGAAACAUAUAAUUCGUUCUUGAUAGAAUAUCCAUUUUAGGAUUUAACGUAGCAUGUUCCCUGAGUUCGAUUUUGGGUUUCCAGUAUCUGAGGUAGAGAAGUUUUUCCUCUCAAUCUUGUACAGUUUGGGGCGCUGAUAUGAUUUUUUUUGUAUUUUGCACUGGUGAUCAAUGGGGCUAUCUAUUUUCCUGUCUAAACUGCUGUCUGCCUUUUUGUUUCCCGCUGAACUGACAUUUUGAAGUUUUUCAGUUUCUUGUUUCCUUGACUAAAAUGAUGCACUUGGUUCUGUCUAUCCCCAUUUGCUCAUCUUGGCAAGGAUGUAAUGUUACUAAAACAUUUUAUCGUAGUUUGAUUAGAUUGCGCAUCUCUUUACAUGCUCCAAUCCAAAUGUUUGGUUGUUGGUUGUAACUCUAGUUUCAGCAAAACUUUAACUGCUUUCACAGUAUCCUUGAUAUUUUUGCCACCAGAAGUUAGAAUGAUAUCCUUUUACAUUCCUGUAAUCAUCAUGGAUCACAAUAUUCUAAUUGUACACCUUGUCAGGCAGUCUGAUGUGGCUAUUCAGUCUUUCUUGAAAUUGACUUCUUAUAUAUUCAUCUCGUCUCUCAAGCUUCAAGUAUCUUUUGGGAACUGCAGUGUUUGGAUUCUUUAUGAUAUCAAGCUUCACAUUAUUUCAAUGGCGAUGGAUCUUUCUGUGCUUGAUGUGGCAGCAUUAGAUCAUUUUUUGAGUUUCCUUUAAACUUUUCUCACAAAUAGUUACAUUAUAUCACCGAGGAGUAUUGUUAUAAUAGGUGGAGCCGUGGAGGCUGUGUCAGAGAAAAGCAUAGAAAGAAAAGAACUCGGGUGGGGGUGGUUGGGGUUGAUAGAGAUGGUUGUUUACUUAGAUGUGUAAAUUGGUAAAUAUGUGCAUGAGGUUUGAGUAAGAAGCUCCAAUGCUGCCUUUCACUGUCAGUCAAGUGGUUGUUUUCAUAUUUUUUGUGUGUUUUUUGUACUUCUUCUGAAGUUUCCCUGUUGAAAAUGGUUAACGAUUUAAGGAGCACAAUUUUGGUGUUACACCGGUGCCUUCUUAUAGAUGAGUUUUAAUCGUUAAUUCGAUCUUUUUGUCUGUAAAGGAACACUGUUAAGAGUUUGGAGUUAUUUAGGACAUGCUCAUGUUGCCAGUACUUAAGCUAGACUGUAGCCUGAUAGCUGCACAUUUUUUUGAAGUGACUUGUGGGGAAGCAUCUUAGACUGAAGAGUGAAGACAGUUCGUGCUGUCCAUUUUUACUAAAAUUUGGCCCAUGGGAAUCAUCUCAGCCUGGAACACUGUUGUUGUUCUUCCCUUUUCAUUAAAAUUUAGUGCAAAUGAAGACAAUGUGGACAAACAGAUAGAAGAGAAAAUGGUAAACCUUAUGUAAGCCAUUAAAAAUGGUCCAAAACUGCUUGCCUGUAGAAACACUUUUCUAUGAACCUUUUUUUUUCAUGUUUAUGAUGCAGUGUGACCUUUAUUAUCAGCUAUUUUGCAAGCAUCCUUUAUCUAAUUUUGUCCCUCAUGUCAUAAAUGUCAUUUUGAAAAGAUAGGGACACGCUAAACAAAUUAAUCGAUAUUUUUGUAAGCAUGAGGCAUCGUCCACUUAGGAAGACCAUAGAACUCUUUGGUUCUGUUUUUUGUUUUUUUGGCAAGGUGGAUGGUUUACAUUGCUUUAUAUAAAAGGCCAUGCAGAAAUUGCAAAAGCUGUUCCUUAUGAGAUAUAGGCAGCGAUAGAUUUCAUGUAGAAGUCUUCUGCAAGGGAUAAGAGGGCUGUCUCGAUUGCACCGGCUCUCUCUCUCUAGAAAUAUCAAGUUAUAAUGGCAGUGGAUGUUAGGGAGUAUGACUAUCCUGCUCCGUGAUUACUUAAUAAAAGAAGUUGGUUGGUGCCGCACGGACUGAAGGAGUCAGCCCGUGACAGGUUGGCAAUCUCAGUUUAUUUUUCACAUUCAUCCAUCUUAGUAGCAUGUUGGCUAUCUAACAGAACAUUUCUGAACUUGUGAGGCUUUUUAUUUUUAUAGCUUUGUUAGUAAUGUAGGUGCAUCUUUUGAAAAAUGAUAACUGCAGAAUCUUGUUAUGAUUUUUUCUUUUAGUAUGAACGACGACAAGUCUAUAGGCUUCACUUGUCAAAUGUUGAAGCUUGGUGCUGCAAUGAUUCACUUGCAGCAGCUACUGGUCGCAGAAAAUUUAAUGUUCUUCAAAUCUUCUGUCCAUUGCAAGGUUCAUGCUAAUUGACAUUUUCCUUCAUUUAACCCAGAUAACCUUUGAAAGCCAACUAUUCCCUCUAGUUGCUCAAAAUUUGAAGUUCAAACGGAAUCAUGUGUUCUGUUUCUCGUUGGCUGUUUGAUCCUUAAUAAGAAAAGAGUUCCUUUUUUCCUCUCUUCUCUGCCAGGAUUCAUGGUUAUGUAAAUGUAUGGGAAUUUUCUUCCUAGUUUCCAAAUCAUUCAUGUGUUUGUCUUCGUAACAUUUAUCUUUAUAUGGAUUUGCAUCUCUUUUUUCCCUCCAACUGACAAGGGGUUUCAGCAACGAUCAUUGAAUGGAAAAUACCUAGAAAUGUUGGCUAAUCUGGUUAAGGGUUGUACCGCACCUCGAUUGUUCUGUGACACUGACUUUUGUAUUUGGUGGGUGGUGAGAGGUGAGCAAAUCCUGCUCCAGUUGGGGCUUCUUUUAAUUGAGAUACCAGAUAGGCAGGCAACUGGAAGCAAAUGCCACCAGUAUUUCCACGAUGCCAAGCCAAAAUGAAGGGUUAGAUUUAUCAUCCAAUUCAUCCUUCAUUUCUGGUGAUGGUGGCCUCUGAGUGAGUUGGGUACAAAUUAGAAUCUGAUAUCUUAGCGACCGGGGUACUUUGCAAGCGUGAAGCUGCUUUUGUAUGAAAAUUUUGGAGAAGUGGGCAGGAGGCAAGCAUAUCUGAUAUGGAUGAAACCUCAUUGGUGCUGGUCUGAGAUAUUCUUUUGCUGCCAGAGAAGCUUGGAAGUCAUAUUUUGCUGAAGAAAACCCAACUAUAGCCCACUAGAAGCCAUUUUUUUCAUAAAUUCAAACUUUUUGCUCAUGCAUUUCCUAAUAGAGGACGCAAUUUGGAUUUUUCAUGUAUACAGGUUUUCUAAGUUCUUGAAGAUUAAGGGCUCAUGAUAUACCAAAGUUUAAUGAGAUGAUAAAUCAUAUUUUUACGUUAAAAAAUAUGAUCCCAAGGUAUGGUUGACAUACUAGAAUGCAGGUUGUGUCUAUGAGAUCCAUUUGGAAAGACACAGCCUACACCCAUGGUUUUUCUGUGUGGGUACAACAUACAGAUUAAUUGAGCAGUAGGAACAGGAAGAUGCAUCUAGAUAAGAUAGAGACUUGAGAAUCUAUUUGCCUAUAUUCAGGUUGUUCGGUACUGCCUAGUGCCUACCUACUCUUCCUUAUGUAGCACUUCAACCGAUGCUCCAUCCAUAAAGGCAUCUUCUAAGCAGUUUCUGUCCACUUCCCAUGUUUUUGGAUUGCUUCUUGUGACCACUUAUUAUUUUGGCAACUAUGGAACACUGCCAAAGAAUUGUCAUCUUAAUGUGUUAAGCUCUCAACCACUGCAACGAUCAUUAUCAUUUGUUAUUAUUGUUAUUGUUAGUUUUAUGUUAUUAUUUGAUGUUAGAUGCACAUUAAUAUAUAUAUAUAUAUUAUGUAUGUAUAUUUAUUUAUUUGUAUAUUUAUUUAUUUAUAAUUCGCAUAACUGUACUAUGAUAUAUAUUUAUUUAUAAUUCACAUAACUGUACUAUGGGUAGUUAUUUUGUUAUUUAAAAUUAAUUUUACUUUUGAAGUUCUAAUUUCUAUAUCUUUUGGUAUUUUGAUUUCAUUUUCCUUGGGAAAAAAAGUCAUUUAAAAAUACCUUAUGAUGACAUUAUCUUACUCGCAUAUCCUUGGAAUGAUACCUGUGGCAUUUUAUUCAAACCCGUAUCAUGUAGUUUAUUGACCAGAUAAGAAGGAUUAUGAAACAAGCAUUCUGAAUAGCAUGAUAUCAUCUUAAUUUGGUAAAGGUGCACAAUAGGUAUGGUCAAACUGUUAAAGUUUAAAUCAGUCAUAUGCAAGCAAAUCACUUGAUAGGUGGAACUGAAGGGUGAUUCCAAAAACAAAAAGGUUCUAAACUUCAGAAAUUGAUCAAAUUAUUUUGUCAAAUAUUGUCCAUCCAUGUUCCUUUUAUUUUGAGAUACUUUAUGAUUUUCCUUUGUUAAUGAACCUAUACAUCUUUGAAUUUCACACGUUUCUACUGAUAUGUUUCAACAGCAAAUAAUCACUUGAACACGUUUUGACUUUUUUUUAGCUACACUAAUUCCCUUCUCCUUUUCUAAUCUUUCUAAAUCAUUUACCAAAUUUUGCUAUUGCAAUAUGAAUGGGAGAUAACACUUUCCAAUAGCUGAGGUACUUUUCAAAAAGAGAAAGGCAAUAAGAAGCUUCAAGUGAAUUGGUAUCCUUUUCCCUUGAAAUGCAAUUUAGACUGGCAAUGGACUUUAAGCCUUAAGGAUUCUCUUUUGAAACUGUUUGAAUCCAUGUCCUCACCUUUUUGGUCUCUCUAUAAGUUAAUUCAGUAUUUUUGGGACUAUCUCCCUAGAAACACUUCAAAGCUUAUCUGCAGUAAUGUUUAUGACAAAUUUCUUGAUGUAACAUUUUACUGUUUCAAAAGUUCUGUUUGAAUCUGUUUGAUUCAAUCAAUUGAACCCACACGCAAGCAGGCUGAAGCUCUCUUCAGAUUUCACAACAUUGCUUCAAUUCCAAAAAAGGUAGGACCCCCUAAAAUUUAUCUUCAUGCCAAGCAAUUUUAGAAAAAUUAAGAAAGAGUGUUAUUUCAUAAAUUAUUUGAUGGUAAGUUGAUUUCCUUUUCUGUUUUACUCCUUCCAGCUUUCUAAAGUGCAAACAGCUGAGCUUUUUGAAGGAAAAUGAAUGAUUUGGUGAAAACCCUAGGUAUCAGUCAGAAGAAUCUCUUUUCCAAUACAGAGGGAAUGAGCUGUUCCGAAGGAAAAUGUAAUGAAUUGGAUGAAAAUCCUAGGGUUUGAAAGAGUUGGAAGAAUCUCUCUCCUUCCACAUUGGGGAUUUAAUAGAGUAAAGGGCAGCCUGAUGGCCUUGUUGCUUAUUGCAGCUGAAGAUGAAGCUUUCGUUUCUUUUAACCGAGACAUGGAUGCUUCCUUUCUUUCAAGUGAACGGGAAGAUUCUCCAUUUCCAGCUGAAAUGAAAUGUGGAUGGAAUAGUGUUGAAGAUAUUCCUAUGGCUGGCAAGAACAUUUCUGGCUGGCUGGAUGAACUGGACAUUAUUGCGAAGGAAGUAGAAGCAGAAUUAAUCUCGAGAGAUAUUGGUUGCCAUUUGGUGCAGGUUUUAGAAGCUGUCAAUGCUGUUCUUUUUGAAUCAAGGAAAUUUAAAAGGUUUCCUGUUUCGAUGGAUUCAAAAUUUUCCUAUUUGCACACUGCGUUAAGCACUGGUUUUAGCAGCGCUAUCGUGCUUAGCAUAAUCUACAUUGAAAUUUGUCGAAGACUAGGUGUUAACAUGAUCGGAGCUCGAGUUGGGGAAGAUUUUUUGAUAUGGCCCAAAAUCGAGACCCUGGAGGAGCUUUUCAUGGCUUCAACGGGACAUAGCUUGUUUGCUGUUAUAAACGGACAAUGUGUUGAAGAUCCUAGAGCAAAGGCCUAUGACUUGGACAGCAAGUCACUUCUAGGACUUGAAAUCGUGACUAAUAGAGACAUCAUUGGGAUCGCAUUGGCGAAUUUGAUUAGGCUUUACUGGAAACGUGCUUCAAGGAUGAAUCACGGAUUGAUGUUGACUUCUCCACUCAGACCUGUUUAUAGUAUUGAUGGCUCUUGGCCACCUUUGCUGCGGCCUCAAGAUAUGAGAUUGGCUAUCAUGGCAUCUGAAAGGCUGCUGAUUCUUCAACCUGACAAUUGGGCUUUGAGGAGAGACCAUGGUUUGCUUCUCUAUCACAGCAGGAGAUAUGCAGAAGCAGUCCAAGAGCUUAGCAUAUGCAUGGUGUUUGCGCCAGCAGAAGAGGCAGAGAUUUUGCUAACUUUUGUGGAGAAGUUGCAUCUUCUGAGAAUCGAGUCGUCCUGGAAAUUGUUGGAGCAGUCCAGCACUUCACCUGUUCCUUGAUGUUAAACUACAAAUUUUAAGCCCCGCCCUGAGUGAAUGGAAUCUACCUAACGUUUCUAUCUAAUGUAUAAUCCUUUCUGCGCCUUGGGAGAUGAGGCUAGUUUUGGAGUUCAUUUUUCCCUGCUCA